AUCUGUGGGACCCUUUGUUCACAAUUCAGUCGAGUUUUGACAAGCGCGAAGCAGGAUUCAUGUUGGAUUCUUUUUAUCUCGGAUUUUUAAAAUUCUUCUUGACUUUGUAAUUAGCAAUCGCGAGAGCUAUAAGGCAGCAUUCAGUUUGGAUUCGUAUCACGGAUUUUCCCCCUCAAACUUUGGGCCUUAGAAAUCGGGAGACAUUUGCGAUUCCUCGGGAGGGAAUCGGGCACAAGUCGGCUACAUGUCGUACCAGGAGGAGAGGAUGGGUACUUCAGUGCGUUUGGUGAAAUUUCUUUCUUUUCUUCUUGCUGCUUUGUCAACCACCCAUUUGAACACAGUCGUUGGACAGCAGACGCCGUCUCCAACAGGUCAAUGCGCCCAGCCGGUAGACCUUGUCUUCCUGGUAGACAGCUCGGAAAGCGUGAGGGCUGGUGGCUUCGAGACGUCGAAGGACUUCGUCAUCGAAGUGACCAGCAACUUCGAGUUCGCGCAAGACGCCACGAGGGUCGGAGUGGUCACCUUCAGCGACAGUGGCGCGGAAGUGACCCAUGUUCGCCUCAACGAGUUCGACAACAGGAACGAUUUCGACACGGCCGUGAGGAACAUCGACUACGACAGAGGCAGAACGUAUACAGGAGAAGCUCUGGACUACGUUCGCACCAACUCCUUCACCCAAGCCAACGGCGCUAGAGACAACCAGCUCCAGCAGAGCGACUGA